GUUUGAAACCAGAGCCGCUGAUUGGCUGUGGUUCGUCACGUGGUUAUUGUGAAGAUGGCGUCUCCGAAUGGAGGAGAUGAUUUCGAAUCAUCUUUGCUGAGUUUUGAGAACUUGGACAGAGCAUCGCCAGACUUGUGGCCAGAGCAGUUGCCUGGAGUCGCAGAAUUUGCAGCAUCUUAUAAAAAUCCAAUCACAAACUCGCCCCCAAAGUGGAUGGCAGAACUGGAGAGUGAGGACAUUGAAAUGUUGAAAGAGCUGGGCAGUCUGACCACAGCCAACCUGAUGGAGAAGGUCAAAGGACUUCAGAAUCUUGCUUAUCAGCUGGGUUUGGAGGAGUCCAGGGAAAUGACCAGAGGAAAGUUUCUGAACAUAUUGGAAAGGCCCAAGAAGUGACCAUGCAUUUUCUUCAAGCAACAAGACUGACAUUUAAGAUUGCAAGGCAAUCGGUGCAUUAACAUCUUCAGACAAAUCUUUGACUGUAUUAAUUUUAACUAGUAAACCCUUACACCUUCUGUCCUCUAGAUGUCUUUGCUUUUUUUUCUCUUUUUACUAAACUUUGCUCUGUCUUACAACAUUUUUCAAUUAAUUACUCAUUAUUUAUUCUUUUCUUUCAGACCUGAAUUGCCUUUUUGUAAUUAUUCAACUUGUAAAAUAAAGUUUUAAAAUGAGAA